AUGUCCUCUGCCUUGGAGACCAGUUACUCUGACCUUGAAAACAGCAGUGAUAUGUCCUUUUGCCUCACUGAUGAUGAAGGGAGCUUUAGCAGCCCACCAGCCCCUUCCCUGCCCUCCCCAAAGCAUGACACUUCCCCAGAGCACAGCCCAGAAAAGUGUGAAGAAGAGAAGGAAAGGAAGAGGCGACGGGGCCGCACCAAGGUCAAGAACGAAGCUGUCCUUCACACCAUCAAAAAGACUAGGCGGGUCAAGGCAAAUGACAGGGAGAGGAACCGCAUGCAUAACCUCAAUGCAGCACUGGAUGAGCUUCGAAGUGUCCUGCCAACUUUUCCAGAUGACACCAAGCUGACCAAGAUAGAAACUCUGCGUUUUGCCUACAACUACAUCUGGGCCCUCUCUGAGACCCUAAGACUGGCUGAUCAGUGCCUCCAGAAACCACCCAAAGAAGUGCUUCUGUCCAGCUACUUGAGUUCCACAGAUCCACCCAGCCCUGGCAGUGAUGCAGGCUCCUGGAUGUCCACUGCAUCUCCUUCCACCUCUUCACUUUCUGCCUGUACAUCCAACCCUAGCAGCCCAGCAACCUCGGAAGACUGUUGUUAUGGGCUCACUGAGAAUCUCUUCUCCUACCACAGCCUCCCCAAAGACUUGUUGCAGAGCACCUCUUGUUUUGUGCAGUACCAUUAG